ACAUAAUAGCGCAUAGAAUCACAGCAUUUUGCAUUUUGUAUCGAAGCAGUUGUGUCUGCAAUUAAUAAUUCUCGAAUUUUAUUUGUUAAUAUCAAAAUAAUAAUAGCAAGAAAUAAUGGCAGAUAAAAAUAAGGCAUGCACUUUGUGCGAUAAGAUUGGAUUGAAGCCAUUCACCAAAGAAAACGUCUUUUACUAUUACAUUCCACUUCAUGGGUUGGCAAGUUAUGGUGGACUCUCCGUCAAUGUGAUGAAUCCUUCGCUGGUGUCGAAGGUACUUAGCCCCAAAAAGGAUUUGACAAAUGUUUUGCUAUUAAGCUCAGUUGUGGGAGCGGCUUUCUAUAUAUAUGGACGACCCUCAUUGGCAAGUGUGCCCAAUGGAAAGCGUGGUCUCUAUGCCAUGUUGGGAGGCUCCUUGUGGGCCAUGGGCAGUGUAUUGGGCUGGGCCAUCAUGAAAUCUGCAUUGCCCCGUGAUAAUGCUGCUGUUGCUACCAUUGCAGGUCUUGCAACAGGCGCUGUCAUCGUUAAGGUGUCUAUGGAUUAUUUCGAGCAUACCGAUAAGCUCGUAAAAUAAAAGGAGAUUACAUGAAAACUAUGAAUUUUUCUAUAUACGCCGCACGCUAAUAAUGCGUAGUAGAAUGGAAUAUCAUACAUUUAUAAAUGUUUGUUUCUAGCUACCAAAGUUAGUCACCUGCAAGUGCGGUAUUUCGUCAUCAUAUUUUUUUUUUCUACAUCUAUUGUUUGCUUGUUUUUCUUCUUUGUAUUAUUAUGGGUGAAAAAAUUGGGCAUUAUCUGUAUAAGAAUCCCAUAGAAAUAAAGUUGUUAUAAAAUAUAA